AUGUCUCACUCCGAUCAACAACUUGAUGCCCCCGCCCAGUCCCUUCAUGCAAUCAAUUUUACUUUGCCUGAAUUCUGGCAACACGCUCCAGAACUUUACUUCAUCCGCAUAGAAUCAGCCUUUUAUUCUGCCAACGUUACCAAGGAGCUAGCAAAAUACCACAAACUCGUAGAGGUCCUCCCCGCUAGUGUCAUCUCUCAAGUUCAGUCCUUGCUAGCUAAUCCUCCUGCAGAUGCUCCCUACUCCGCGUUAAAGGCAGAAAUCCUCCGACUUAAUUCUGUAUCUGACCGACAGAGGUAUCACCAGUUAAUUAAGGAGGAGUCACUGGGUGACCGGAAGCCCUCAGAGCUUCUACGUCGGAUGCGUUGUCUCCUUGGAGACAUGCAAGUUGAUGAUAAAUUUGUCAAGGAGAUGUUCCUGGAGCGCCUGCCCACAGAUGUUCAAACGAUGCUAGCGUCCGGCUCUCAGGAUCUCACAGUGUCACAGUUGGCUGAGAUGGCGGAUCGAAUGAUAGAGGUGCAACGAUUCCAGUCACCUUCCGCUGCCCAGAUCUCAUCCUCAUCGUCAGUGAAUGAGCAUUUACUAAAACAGGUGUCGGCCAUGGCAGAUGAGAUGGCCUCUCUUAAAAUACAGCUCGCCCGCCUAACUUCCAGUCGCUCACGCAGUCGUCGUCGUUCUCGUUCGCGACCUCGGACUGCUGAUACUUGCUGGUACCACACUAAUUUCGGCGUAAAGGCCCGUCGCUGUUCCUCACCUUGCUCUUUUAAGCCAAAACAGGGAAACCAGUCAGCCAGAGAAUAGAUGCGACCGUUUUCUCUGGCUCCUCCGGCUCUGGUCGCACCUUCUAUGUUUGCGACACUGCGACUCGCAGACGUUUUCUGGUGGACACUGGAGCUCAAAUCAGUGUUGUUCCCCCAACUGCAGCUGAUCGUCGUUUCCCUAGUCCUGGUCUUCAUCUUCAAGCUGCUAACUGUUCCCCAAUUCCCACUUUUGGCAGUCUGUCCCUCACCCUGAACAUUGGUCUUCGUCGGUCAUUUACUUGGAUCUUUGUGAUUGCUGAUGUCCCUCAUGCAAUCCUCGGCUCGGACUUCCUUGCCGAGUUUGAUCUCCUUGUUGACUGUCGACGUGCCCGUCUCCUCGACCGCACAGCCGGUCUGUUCGUCCGUGGACUAACUCCAUUUACUGCCCCCACCAACUUAUCUGUCCUGGAUACAGAUAUUGCUAGUCCUUUUCGGCAACUGCUGCUUAGUCACCCCAACAUAAUUAACGCCCAGUUUCGCAGUGGUGAAGUUCAACAUGAUGUUGUGCACCAUAUCCGCACCUCACGUCCUCCCGUGUUUGCUCGACCGAGACGACUAGCACCGGAGCGUUUUCAGGCCGCGAAGGCGGAGUUUAAACACAUGCUGCAACUGGGAAUAAUUCGACCGUCCGAGAGCCCUUGGGCGUCCCCACUGCACAUGGUACCCAAGGCAACAUCAGGCGACUGGCGGCCCUGUGGUGAUUAUGGCGCCCUCAACAAUGCGACCAUCCCGGAUCGUUAUCCCGUCCCUCAUCUUCAAGAUUUUGCUGGAGAUCUUUUCGGCAAAUCGGUUUUCUCGAAGAUUGACCUUGUUCGGGCCUUCCAUCAGAUUCCUGUCGCUCCUGAGGAUGUUCCCAAAACUGCCGUCACCACACCAUUCGGCCUGUUCGAAUUUAUUCGCAUGCCAUUUGGUCUUCGCAAUGCUGCCCAAACAGUUCAGAGGUUCAUUGAUCGAGUCCUACGUGGUAUAUCGUUUGUGUACGCCUACAUCGAUGACCUCUCGGUAGCCAGUCGAAAUGCCGAGGAACAAAAAGAGCAUCCUGCCUUAGUGUUUGACCGCCUCGAUCAGUUUGGCGGGGUCAUUAACCCUUCCAAGUGUUUUCUGGGUGUGCCGUCCCUUGAUAUUCUUGGUCACCAUAUCGAUGCACAAGGUUUGCGUCCCCUCCAUUCCAAGGUUGAGGCCAUUCGUGACUUUCUUCCACCAACCUCUAAGCGUCAGCUGCAACGUUUCCUUGGCAUGGUAAACUUUUAUCGCCGGUUCCUACCGAACUGUGCCGACCUUAUGCUGCCACUCACCAACUUGCUCUCUGGUCCCAAGGGUCCCCUUGAGUUACGUGGCCACGCGCUGACUGCAUUUGAGAGAAUAAAGACCUCCCUUGCUGAUGCUACCUUGCUCACUCAUCCUGCUCCAGAAGCCCCAUUGUCCCUGAUGGUUGAUGCUUCGACCGUUGCCGUAGGAGCAGUCCUCCAACAGCAUAUCAACAACUCGACACGACCGUUGGCAUUCUUCUCCAGGAAGCUUUCACCUGCCGAGACGAGAUAUAGCACGUUUGGCCGUGAACUUCUUGCCAUUUACCUAGCCGUAAAACAUUUCCGACACUUCCUUGAGGGUCGUGACUUCACAAUUUUCACAGACCACAAACCACUUACAUUUGCCAUCCGAUCCCAUUCUGACAAAUAUAGCCCGAGAGAGAUUUCUCAUUUGGACUACAUCUCGCAAUUCACAACCGACAUCCGCCACAUUGAUGGCCCGAAGAAUGAGGUGGCUGAUAUGCUGUCCAGACCCUCACUGUCUUCCCUCCAACUCUCACACGGGAUCGAUCUUUGUGCCAUGGCGGCUGAGCAGCAGCGAGUCGGUUGUCCUGGCGACGAGUCUGUUAGUGGUCUCCAACUCAAAUACGUUCCUCUGACCACCGGCUCUGGUACCAUACUUUGUGACGUCUCAACUCCCGUUCAUUGCCCUUUUGUGCCCGCCUCGAUGCGUCGAGCUGUAUUUCAAACUCUGCAUGGACUCUCCCACCCUGGAAUCCGAGCCUCUCAAAAGCUCCUCGCGGAAAGGUUUGUCUGGCCUGGCAUGAACAAGGACGUCAAAGCUUGGGCCCGGUCGUGUCUGAGCUGCCAGCGCAACAAGGUGCAGCGUCAAAACAAGUCACAACCAGGCACUUUCCCCAGUCCCGACGCACGGUUCAGCCAUGUGCACCUGGAUGUCGUAGGCCCCUUGCCUCCAUCCAAUGGUUUCACCUACCUCCUUACCUGUGUCGAUCGAUAUACUCGCUGGGCUGAAGCUAUUCCUUUGCCGAAUGUUCAGGCUGAAACCAUCGUGAAGGCCUUCGUCAGUCGUUCGGUCGCCAUGUUCGGUGCCCCAUCCACGGUUACGACUGAUCGUGGUGCCCAGUUUUAG